AUGACUACGAGCUAUACAGCCCCAACAGUUUCCGUUAUUCAAGAAUUGUCAGAAGAUGAACGAGGAGAGUUGAAGUCACCGCGUGGGAAUUCAGCAAACGAAAGAAUCCGUCGUCAACCUAGGACGUCGCAAGAGAUAGCGAUGCCGCACACCAAAGCAACUGCGGGUAAGGAGAAGGAACGGGAACGGUCGAGGAAAUAUCACAAGACCACGGCUACUGGCACCGGAGGCAGUAGACAUGCAUCAAAACCAAAACCCAAAAACACCACGGCGAAGAGAGCAAGCGUCGAUAGCUCCAGGGAGAGGGAUGCUGGAUAUGAAGGACGAUCCAAGCAUAGACGCUCCUAUUCGAACCAGAGCCAAGAAAGCAGCUCGUCUUCUUCUUCCUCGGAAUCAGAGACAGAUCAACCUACACACAGAGUGAUUCUUGCCUCUCCACGAUCACGUUUAACCUCUCCAUCAACGAUAUCAAACCUUACCUCACUGACCAGCUCGACCAACAAGUCAAGUAGCUCCAGCGGAAGCAAUUCCACCGUCACACAAGCUUCCGUCACAAAAAGAACAACCUUGACGAAGAAAGCAGAUCUUCCUGAAGUUCCAAUGUCCCCUGCGGUACCCGAUGCGCCAAAUGUCUUCGCGUACUUGGAUACCGCUGAGCCAGUAAUCGAUGGGGAAAUAGAACAUGAGGGACAGGAUUAUGCCCAAACUCCAAGCUGGAUGUCGGGUCAUUUACAGAAGCUGCCUGUUGAAUCUGCAUUACCACCUCAUAUGCUACGGGACCAUGCUAGUAGCUCGUCAUCGGCUUCGAGUAGUCAUCACGGGGAUGAUAAUCUGUCGGAAACACACCAUGAUGUUGACACAGACCGGACUACUCCUGAAGGGAGUAUUGGCGAUCAUGAAGAGACACAGCAACAAGAGGAAGAGUCCGAAUCCGAUCCAGAGGUGCAAGCGUCAAAUGAUGAUACUUCUGCCAAGAUUGCAUCGCAGAUGGCCGCGGCUCAACACAGACAAAAUAUUCAUGGUCAUAUGCACCAGUUCGGUACUCCGACGAUGCAAAGGAUUUCGGCGAACAUUCCGCAUUCCCCGUCCACGGCUUUAAGUCCCCGUCAUUCACAGCACGUCAAAAAGCAUGCACUCCCAAGAGCAGAGAAGCUACCUGUUUCUGGUUAUGAACUUCUUGCAUCGCAGUUGUCUUCCCGCCCAGUUGCUUCUGAUCCCGAGUACGGAGAGCGUAUCAAGCCUAUUUAUAGGAAAUUCGAGGCACUUAAUCAUCGUGUUCUCUUACACUUGCAGGACGAGUUAAGCGAGCUUGAAGAACAACUUCACCGACUUGACCUCUCCGAUACCCAAUCACGAAGGACACCGCAGGAUAUCAUACCUGCUUCUAGAAGAGCUUCUGCUGCCGCCGGAGGGGAUCUUCAAUGGCAUAAAACAGAUGUUCUCGGCAAAAUUGGUUUCAAGUUAGCUCAGUAUAAUCAAGCGCUUUCAUCGUUCAAUUCAACGAGAUCAUUGACUGCUCCUCAUCCUGAAGAUGUAGAUGCCUACCGAUCUUAUCUCCAGACUGCAAAUCCCAUCAUCGAGGCCGAAACCCACUUUCUAGAUCCAGAGGAUGACCUAGUCUCUAUUUAUUCCGACCAUGUUCCAUCAACCACCACCUCAUAUCAAUCAUCUAAUCCAUCAUCAUCUUCCUCAUGUUCCAUUCCAGCAUCCGCCGUCGAAUCAAAAAUUAGCGUCACUCCUUCUACCACCAAAACAGCACCACCACAUUCCGCAACCGUCAUCAAAGCACUCGCCGCCUCAUUAGCUGUAUCUGUACUUGUACCAAUACUCACCUUUUUUGUUAUACCUGGUUUCAUCGGUCGUAUCACGGCGACUGCUCUGGUUGUGGGUGGUGUACUUUUUGCGUUGAUGCAAGGAGGUUGUUUGGAUCAAGGGAUGUUGCUUAGAAGUGAGGGCUUAAUGUGUGCGGGCAUCUAUGGGGGUGUGAUGAUUGUUGUGGCGGGUAUCAUGCCUGCUUGA